GAAACAGUACUCGUACUUACCUACCGGUCCGAGUUUUCGUCGCUGUGCAACGUAUUCAAGGAUCCCAACGAGGAAACGGAAGGAAAAGAAAGCAAGAAACAAAGAGCUGUCGCGAUAGAAACGAAAGCACUACCUGUACAAACAAGAGGGAAAGAUAUCGUACAACCAGAUCGAGAUGACGCCGCCGUUUUUCAAUACGCAUGCCAGGGCUUGCGCUGUGGUUUUGGCCUCGUCGAAGGGCGGAAGCCUCUUGCCCAUGACAAAGGACAGGCCAAAGCAUCUGUUGCCGGUGGCGGGUUUGCCAUCGAUCGUAAGGCUCCUUGAAUCGAUGUCGGCGUUUUCACAGAUCGUGAUCGCCGUGGAAGAGGGCGACAACAAGACCCUGCCGACGUUACUGGGAACCGACAGCAAUACAGACAAAGCCGUGGCAUCCCUCGUCGAGGGACCACCGGAGCAGCAGUCGUUGGUGAGGACGGCGUCCAACAACGAUGCUUGCCCAGCCCUUUGCUGGGAACUCAAAUCGGAAUUGAAGCGGGGGCAAAGAAUACACCUGGUCAAGUUGUCAGAAAACUGCAACGGUUCCAUCGAUGCGCUCCGGACCAUCGAGGAAACCAAAUUGAUUCAUCCCGAAACCCGGCUGGUUGUCUUUCCGGGAGAUUUGGUCAUCCUGAAGAAAGACACCAAGUUUUUCGACGCGUUGAUACGGCCGGCCUCCGCAGACGUAGCAUGCACGGCAAUGCUAGUAGACGUUCUGGAGCAAGACGAGCACGGGCUUCCCAUCAAGGAGUCUGCCAAGGUGAGUUUAUUGAGACAUUUCUUUGAAGGAACGCAACGAUGCCGACGCAGAGAAUAAUAUCACGCGCAAUCGCAYCCGCACUUGGAAUGGCAUGCUAGCUUUUUUUCACAUUACUGACACGAAGUCGAUUCUAUCAAUGGUGUGAAUGAUUGCCACUUUCCCCAUUUUUUCAAACCAAUGGAAAGACCAAAAAGGGUGGCCUGUCACGCGACGAAGAAGUCAUCGAAUACAUUGGUUUGUCAUUCCCUCCAAAUCGAUCAUCGACUUCAUCGUGGUUGAGCAGAAGCAGCAGCGGUGGCAACAAACCGUCUCUCCCCCGGAUCGUUUUGAAAAAGCUGAAAAAAGACGUUGAGGUUGACGAGCACAACACCGGUGCGACCCCGAAAUUAGUAAUCCCGAAAUCCAGGCUGCGCGGUUCCAACGGAGGGGAGCAAUUGGUAAUCCGGACCGAGUGGAGCGACGUUCACGUGUAUUCCCUGGCUCCAUGGGUGCGACAAUUGAUCGUGGAGAGGGCCAAGAAUUUCAAAAGCUUUUCCUCCAUCCAGGAAGGACUAGUCCCUCUAUUGAUAUCGAGACAAUAUCGCGGGAAACAAGCUACCUUUGGCAAGUCGGUUCUAGCAUCGCUGCAAACGAAACAGAGUGGUGACGACAAUGGCGGAGUCAUGGCGAGCAGCGAGAGCGAUUCCGAAGAUCCGGCUACCACCAGCGCUGCCGGUGCCGAAAACAUUGCUGCCAACAAGGGCAGCGGCUCGGCGGAAUCGACGUCGUCCACCACGAACAACGAAGACAGCGARAACGGAGAGAAUUCGAACAAAGCAGCAAAAUCAUCAGGGCUCCCGAAAGCUGCUAUGGACAACGAACCAUAUUCCGUCCUGGCGGUCGUCCUCCCG